AUGCCAGAGAUUAGUACAACCCGAGCCGUAGCAGAAGACACAAGUCGCCUGCACUCUACCGCUCCGGUUCCUGUGCUACAUACAGUGCACAGAUUGAAUACAGAGGGAAUCUUUCUGGAUGAGCUACAGCAGGAGAAGAUGAAUCGAGUUCCUGUUAUUGGUGAAGUAGAGCUGGAUGAAGAUGAAGUUGAUCCAGCUGAUACCACUCCUCUUGUCAGUGGAGACACUCCCAUUGUCACUGUCCCAGCCUCGGAGGACGAGAACGUAGUUGAGGAUCUAGGAGAGGAUGGUGACGAGGAUGAUGACAUGCAGGAUAUCCUAGAGAAGAUGGAGAAGCUUGAUACUGAAGUCAAGGAACUCCGGAAGGAGAUUAUGGAUCUCCUGUCCUCCAUACCGGAGGACUUUAGCUCCCUCCAGUCUGCUGUUGUCCCACAAGUUGAGGUUUGGGACAGAGGGAAGGCUUGGGAGCAAGAAUACAGACUGCACCCUGAUCCGAGUAUAGAUGAGAUCAGUAGUAGGCUGACUAACCAGGUUUGGGAUCUGCUCCAGGUCUUGCAGAAGCGGGUUGACCAGCGAACCUGUAAUAAUAAAGAUAUAAAGCUGAUUGACGGGCUGAAAGCUAUAUCAGUCAUGCACGCCAGACUUGGUAGAUUAACUGAGAAGGCGAUUGAAGGAGCAAAAGUGAGUGAGAAGCCAGUAUUCUUUAAACCUCAGAAUUUAAAUAGUUCAGAAGAUUUUCCAGGAUUAGAACCUUCAGAGACACCUUUUAGUGUAAUUCCUAAGAAAGGGAAGAAGAAUAAAAGCAAGAAGCCCCAACCCAACACCCCUUCUUCACAACCCAAACCUGCCCAGCCGAGCACACUUAGUUCCAUUGCUGAUCUUCUAGAACCAGAAGUUGGAAAAAAGAAGAAUAAAAAAGAUAACUCUGAAAAAAUGAAACCUCCUGAACCUAAACCUGAUAUAAAAGCUAUUCCUUCUAAACUAGAAACAGUGGAUUUUCUGGUUCGACCUUCUAAACAACAAGCAAAGGUGGAGCAACCCAUUAGACAAUCCCUUCCUUCGAAGUCAAAUUCUCCUGCUGAGGAUUUUCCCAGCCUCGAGUCAGCCUCUAAAAAGAUGAGCGCCAAUUUUAUAAAAGCUGAGGAUAAACUAAUAAAACCAGCUCCUGUUCAGUCACAGUGGACGAACACAUCUGUUAGGGAAGCACUUUCCAUGAGUAAUGAUGUUGGUUCAGCUGUUGUAAAACCGGUUCCUAAACCUCCGCCUGGGUUUCAGUUGACCGGCAAGAAAUCUGGAACUCCGCCGCCAGGGUUCAAGAAAAGAUUCCAGUUCUAUCCGCCCCAGGGGUUCCAGGACCGCAAUGCAAAACUGAUCUCGACUGUGUCCGAUUUUCUUGGAGGAAAAUCCCUAGAGUUCAAAAAAUUUCGAGAUGUGUCCGGGAUUUUCAGAACAGGUGGUGUAAGUUCCUCACAUUAUUUCACGGAAUGCUCAAAACUCAUAUCUGAGGAUGUUUUUACUGCAUUUUUCCCUGAACUAUUGGUCUUACUACCAGACAUAGAUAAACAACAGGAACUACUGGCCUUGUAUGAGAAGAAGUAUAAUGAAGCUGACCGGCUCACACAGUGCUUGACCUGUCGGCAGGUUGUUCUACCUUCAGAUCUUUCUCAUCAUUCACAGAGUCAUAAUCUUGAUUCAGAUUUCCCUGUUCUUGGAUAAACAUAUUCAAUUAUCUUCUCCGAAAGGAGCUGGUAACUUGAAAUUAGGCUGACAGUCCCCUUGAAAGUGGAUUUAAAGUAUCCCAGUAAAAGUAAAAAUGUAUAAGGAAGUUGAAUACCCACUACCCAGUGCACACACUCGAGACUUAAUAUUAAAUGCAAUCAAAAUAAAACUUUAAAUUAGACGAUUUCCUUUAAAGUUUUCUCAUUUUUAUUAGAAAUUGUAAUAUAAUGUACAUUGUACACUGUACACUGAGUACACUAGGGCUGGCCAGUAAAAAAGUAAUCCUGAUAGAGUAAGAUUUACUUUUUUAAGUCCAAAUCUUUAAAAUACGCUGAGAUGUGCAUCUUCAGAACCGUGCAUCAAAAUUCUGAAUUCAAGCGUAAUUUAACUUCACAUAAAAAUUCAUAUCAUAUUUUUUAAUAUUGUUGACUUUUUGCCUAAGAACCAUUGCCCUUUUGUAUAGUUCACGUUAGACUUAAUAGUUCAACAAGCAUGUGAUAAUGUAUGUGGCCUUAAAUGAAUAUAUUGAAAAUUGUUAUUUCUUUUAUCAUUAUUAUUAUUUUUAAUAAAACAUUGAUGUAUUA